CGCCAUCUCCGUUUGUGUUAAUGAUCAGUCGUUCAUUCCGCAGAAGCAAUUGGAGUCCCUGCGAGAAUUGAAUUGCAGACUUUGUGAAAUUUGAGGAUAGUCAUUCAUCACAACUUGGAGAUGAUAUAACCAUUGUUUACUAGAGAGGAGAACUUGUUGUACCCACUUGAUUCUUGGUGAUUAGUGGAAGUUUGGGAGCCGUUGUUGAGCGGCCGUGGUUUUCUCCCCGAUUUGGGGUUUCCACGUAAAUCGUGUGUCAUCUAUUUUAUUAUCGCUGCCAUUUAUUUGUGUGUGUGCUGCUGAUUUUUCAGAGUUCAUUGUGCUUGUUAUUCAUCUCAUUAAUAUGGGGAAAAGAUUUAUACGCUUCCGUUGUGUUUUGUUCCAUGCUUCCCCAACACUUUCUUCUAUUCAAUUUCUUUUUGAACCAAGCACAUUAUAUUAUCACCAACCUCCACAACGCAAUAGGAUAAGAUUGGCUUUCCUGCUGCCACAGUUCGCCGGCCAGCCAGGUCACGACACGUGGAAGUGCCUGAUGCCUUUCAAUGUGGAGGACAAGCAGGAGGGGCUCUAUGUGCCAACAGAUGGUGUUGUAGCCGUUGGGGGUAUUGUGGCCUUAGCUGUGAGUACUGUGGGAAUAGCUGUCAGAGCUACUGUCAUCCUGACUGUCGUGGUGUUGCCAUUAACUGGUGUGGUCAUGGCAGAGUAUGAUAUUCCAAAAAGUGUUGACAAAGUGACAGAUGCAGAUGGUAAACAAGCACACUCACCUAUUUUGAUUGACACCAUCAAGUUGUUUGAUCUUGUCGCUGUGGUCAAGACGGACCACCUGGUUUCACUAAGAGCAACUACAUCUGUUAAGCGCAUCGUCUCAUCUUUCCAUCACUUUGUUGCAAGAGCCAAGAUGGUUGCAGGUUCAAAGGGUGGACUGUUCCUUUGGUUCAGCAUUCUUUCUCCGGUCAUAAAGCACGAGUGGGAGCCUCCACCUUGAGGACAAGGAUUCGUUAACUAUUCGAAUAUUAAUCAAAUACAAAUUCAAAU